AUGGCCCCGCAGCCCCCUCCCCUCUCCCUCUGUGGGCCCGACUUUACCAAGGAGCUAGAAGCUAAGCUAAGAGUGUGGGCUGCAAACGAGGAAGUGCCGGUCAGAAUGAGUCACAAACAGAAACUGAGAAUUGACCAGGAGGCAGCCGCAGACUCCAUCAGCACCCUGGGUCUGAUCCUGGGCGUGGGACUGUCCCUGCUGCUCGUGUCCAUCCUGGGCUACAGCCUGGCCAAGUGGUACCAGCGCGGGUACUGCUGGGAAGGGCCCAGCUUUGUCUUCAACUUAUACCAGAUCCGAAACCUGAAGGAACUGGACACGGCCCCCCCCUUCACCAUCAGCGGCCACAUCGGCAGCCCCGACGGCAGCUACAUGAGGUUCUCCGACCGGCUCGUCUGA